UGGACCCAAGAUGUGUGACCUGUCGUGUGCGCGCACUGUCAAAGAUGUGUACGCGCAACAUCCUGCUUUCCUGCUCUCCUGCGAAGACGGGUCGCCAGCCAAGCUUACAGUCAGAGGAUCCAGCUGUCACUCAACGAGACUCCCGUUUAGCCAGUGUCAGACUGUGUGUGCCACACGGCGGAAAACCCGGUCCCGAUAAAUACGAGAGAGAGACACCGCUGGAUGUAGGUGGACCUCCAGCGAUCAACAGAUCUGGAACUCGACUGUCCACUCCUCCUGCGAAGAAGAAAAAGAUGAGGCACCCGAAACACAAUACCGGAGCCAACUGGCACAUGUGAGCGAUAUUUACGGUCAUUCUCGAGCCAGUCACAGAAAUGUGGACAAACUAGCUCUCAAUAUUUGGUUGUAAUUAGCCGACGGAAUUGCUCUUGGCAGCGGAAUAGGUUGAGCCUAUGCCAAAAUGACCAGACUAUUGUCUAGCAUCGCUGUAACGGAAUGGGCCCGCAGGAAUUUUGGCACCGGUUUUACGCAGGAGACCACAUAGUUCAAUCGACGUACCUCAACCCGAAGACCGAAUAGUGAGGCCGGCAUGGACAAAGAAUGCUUACACAUCUCGUUGUGAUGCUAUGAGAUAAAAAGCCAUCAGUGAAACACCCUGCUGGUUCUUCCCGAGAAGUGGAGCAGAUAAUCAAACGUCAGGAUUCAAGUUUGGACCCACCAAGUCCAAAACGACCUUCCCCUCCCAACAAAAGAAUCAUCUUACAUCUUAAAGCAUCUUCACAGACUCGCAUAGCGAGUCUGUGAAAAGGUGAGAGAGGGACACUGUCUGCCCCACUGUCCAGCGACACCAUGAGCUGGAGCUUCCUCACGCGGCUGCUGGAGGAGAUCCACAACCACUCCACCUUCGUGGGGAAGCUGUGGCUCACCGUGCUCAUCGUCUUCCGGAUUGUUCUCACUGCCGUUGGGGGAGAGUCCAUCUACUACGACGAACAGAGCAAAUUUGUCUGCAACUCAGGACAGCCGGGCUGCGAGAAUGUCUGUUACGAUGCCUUUGCCCCUCUAUCUCAUGUUCGCUUCUGGGUCUUCCAGAUCAUCUUGGUUGCGAUGCCUUCUCUCAUGUACAUGGGCUAUGCUAUCAACAAGAUUGCACGAUUGGAUGAAGCCAAAGGAGGAGGUGGCUCUGCUGCAGUUAGAACAGGAGGAGGGGGCUACACGCACAGGAAGCCCAGGAAAAUCUGCUUUGGAGCAAGGCAGCACCGGGGCAUCGAGGAGACCGAAGAGGAUCAGGAGGAUGAUCCCAUGAUUUAUGAGGUGCCAGAGAUCGAGCCGCCAAAAAGGCCGCGAGACCCAUUGCAACCAACACCCAGACCCAAAAUCCGGCAUGAUGGGCGCAAGCGUAUAAGAGAUGAGGGGCUGAUGCGGGUUUACGUUUUGCAACUGGUGAUUCGUACACUGCUAGAAGCAGGCUUCCUUGCAGGCCAGUAUUUGCUGUAUGGUUUCCGUGUGAUGCCCGUGUUCGUUUGCUCGGGGAAACCUUGUCCCCACAGCGUUGAUUGCUUUGUGUCGCGGCCUACAGAGAAGACCAUCUUCCUGCGCAUCAUGUAUGGUGUGACUGUCCUCUGCCUCACGCUCAAUGUUUGGGAGAUGCUCCAUUUGGGGAUUGGUACCAUUUGUGACAUUCUUCGCCGUCGGCGUUGCCCACCUCCGGAGGAUGAGUACCAGUUGGGAUUGCUGGGCACCAAUGGGGGAGUGGAGGGCUCAGUAGGGGGGACAGGGCCUGAGGCAGGCUCUGAGGGAGGGGUGGGUGGAGAUGGGGCGGCGGAUUACGUGGGUUACCCCUUCUCAUGGAACACCCCAUCAGCUCCACCUGGCUACAACAUUGUGGUAAAGCCAGAGCAGAUGCCAUACACGGACCUUAGCAACGCUAAGAUGGCAUGCAAGCAGAACCGGGCAAACAUUGCCCAAGAGGAGCAGCAGCAAUUUGGUAGCAAUGAGGAUAACUUUCCUACUGGAGGCGAGGCCCGCGUGGCUUUAAACAAAGACAUGAUCCAGCAAGCUCAUGAGCAACUGGAGGCGGCCAUCCAGGCCUACAGUCAGCAGCACCGGGCAGAGGAGCAGCUUGGGGACAACCAGGACGAUAAGCCCCAAAGUAAUAUCAUCCAGGCACAACCUCAGCCACAGCCUCAGCCUCAGAAAGAACGAAAGCAUAGAUUCAAGCAUGGGAAAGGAGGCAGCAGUGGAGGAUGCAGUAGCAGCAACAGCAGCAGUAGCAAAUCGGGAGAGGGCAAGCCCUCUGUAUGGAUUUAACCCCUCAAACAGUGACAUGUAUUGAGAUCAUGUAUAUAUUAGAUACUGGAUGAUGAGUUGUUGCAAUCUUCCUUGGAUAUUUAAACACCACUGUGCCUUAAAGAAUCCUGCAAGCUGGAGAAGAUGUGUGUUUGUGUAAUAAGGUGUGUAAAAAAAAAUGUGAUUUUGCAGCUGACAAUUGUUUUGUCUGGGCUAUCACGGUUUAACUUGAAACAUCACACCAACACAAACUGUAGGCUACAGUCUGUCGUUUACAUGUCUCCUCAAGUCCUGAAGCAGAUUAUUGUCCUCUGUUGUCGUCCCGUUCAUCCUUUCUUAGGGAUUUGAACUUUGGAAAAUUACUGAAUGAUAAUGAGGUCUGUUGCAAAUCAGAUUGAUCCCAGAUUUGGCCUAGCUCAAUUUCUGGCCGCUCCUCUGCAAAGACACUGUCUACAUAAAUACAUUGGCAUCCUAAUUCUUUGGACAUCAAAAUGAAGUAUCAAUAAGGCAAAGGGAUGACAUGUCAUCACUAGGUUCUGGCAAGUUAAAGCAGUGACUCCGUACUGUAACGGCGUUGUCAAGGAACGUUAUAACAACGUAAAUGCAAUAAAAUGAUACAUCACUCAAUGGCCGCGUAUAAAGCAGAGACUUUAUAAUGCAGUGAGAACAUCUCCUUCCUGAAGGCUGUGUCAUGUCAGUCAUGUUCAUGUGUCUGCUUUCUCUCCAGUGGCCAUCACAUUGUUAUGUUGCUGUGAAUUUGCAUUUGGCAGUGUGUUUGUUUAUGUUUCCUGUUAUUAUUAUGUUUUUUUAAUGAUAACUUAUACACCAGCUGCUGCUCAGAACCGAUGAGUACAGCGGGUGGCUUUUUUUUAUUAUCUGGCAUUUCUUGAGAUUUCUUUUUUCUUUUUUAACAAGGUGCAUAAGCAAUCCAGUUGUUAUACCUUACUCUUCGACUUCUCAGUUUCUCUCUCUGGCUCUUCAUGGCUAUUAAACAAGGCUGCUCAACGCUCCACUGCUGUUUCAUCUGCCUUGUAGUUGAGUGCCCCCUGGUGGUAUCUUCUACAGGGCUUCCUUUAUUGGGGGAGUAGAUACCAGUUGCCAAUGCUACCUGCAUCCAGCAACACCUUUACCAGCCGUAGUGUUACUUUUCUAUUGACGAGCCUUGUGUCAGUUAAGUCUUCUCAGUUCACUGUUAGAAGCACAAGGCUGCACUAUCACCACGUUGUAAUGGAAAAGGUUUAAAGCCAUUACUAUAAUAUAGUGAGACCAAACACUGUUUGUGUGAUGCAAGUGUCAGUGCCAAGAUUUUAUGCUACGCUACCAUGAAGCCUGGUUGUUUGUAGCUUUGGAAUACUGCGGCCAUGCUACUCCAAUUGUGGAAUAAUGCCUACGUGAGACCAACCCUUUUGUAAAAGUCACUUGUUUUUUGUAUUACAGUAUGUGUUUUGUUUUUCGGAAUGGGAUUUAAAAUAGAAAAAAAUCCCAAAUGGAGUUGAUUUUUAUGUUCGAUCGAGUGUUUUAUAUGAAAACACUCUUUUUUUUCAAUAAAAUGUUUUGUAAAAUACAGAAAAAGAAGUUCUUAACGAUGAAUUAGUUGUAUGGAUAUUUAUGGUUAUUGUGUUUUAAAUUGCCUUCAAAUUGUAAAAAAAUGUGAAAUAUGACAUAGUAUAUUUUUAUAAUAUGUCGGCUACAGUGACUUAUUAAUGUAAAGAAAAAAAGCCAGACUUUUCCCUGUAUGUUACAGUAUCAGUACUUAAUGUAUGUGCAACCCUCUGGGCUGUGUGUUUUUUUUAAAUUUAUUUUUAGUGUUACUCCUCUUCCAACGUUGUCCUGAGAUCUGCUGAACAGCUGUGUGUGGAGACAAACUGAUGGGAUCAGUUGGGGAAAGGACAUGACGUGCCAAAUUAUUCAAACCAUUCCAGGCUUUGCCCACAGUGGCUUUCCAAACAAGCCACAGUUCAUUUCAUGACAAAAUUGGGAGGGGGAGAAAAUCUGAAAAGCUUGUUCAAUAUGUUCUUGAAUUAAUUCAUCUUGUGUGAAGGAGCUGAGACUUUCCCAGAAAACCAUCAUGUGAAGUUGUGAGGCUGGACAUUGUGACGUGGCUUCCUUCACAUAAACACAAUGCAACAGGGUGCUCGAGUGGAAAGAGUCUUUCUGAUUAGUUGGCUCCACAUGUAUGUUCAACAAGCCGGCCAGCAGCAGACAUAAAUCAUCAGAAGUACUUCAGCUGCUCUCCAGAGCAGUGAUUGACACUGGUUCCACUGACAUCCCAUUAAGCCACAGGUGAUUUACUGAGAGUUUCCCAGUGAGUGUCAGUCUCCUCCCCUGAAGGCCAAUCAGCUCUCAUUACAUCACUCUCUUGUGAGCAAAGUUUCUCAACUAAAGUAUUUACUGCGUGACGUUGAAGAGAAAGAAACAAACUGAAGUAUAUAUAAUGCAUGACAGGCAGCUUGCAGUGGGAGCCACUAGAGGGCGACUUCCUGUCAAAGCGUGGAGCCCUUCAGAGAGUGAAAAGGGGCGUUUUGAGGAGGUGCCAUGAAGGUACUGAAAGACCCCAUCUGCUCAGAGUUUGCAUGAAUGGUAGCUUGGCCUUACAUCUCCACAAGUAUUCUAGGUUAUGUGGCUCAGACGUGUCUGUUUUAGGGGAAAGAAAGGAAUUCAAGCUGCUAUCCAGGUCAAAAGAGUUACCCUGUGGCGCAGUUAUGUAUUUGUGUCGCCUUGUUCUCUUUUAUCUAUUGAGUGACAAAGAAAGUGAAAAAAGAAACAAAGUAUGGUCGCUGGACAGAAAUGGCUUUUUACAUACCUACCAAAAACAAAACAUGACAUAAAAUCACCUUAAUUUGAGAUAUAUUUCACUUGACAACGACAAUAUGCAUUUGAGGACCCUUAAAGACACACUUUGGAGAUGACAGCUAUUUAAUUAAAGUAUCCCUCAUACCUGGCAGCUGAAGGAAUUAUAAGUGAACGCAUGUGGCACCGUUGUUGUAUCAGAAGUCUUUUGUGGGUCUAUUUAUCAGGAAUACCACAAUGUCCACCCUCAGCAUCUGUUUGUCGAUGUAAAACAAAGUAUAUGUUCAGGAGAAAGACUGUAGUGUUUCCCUACAUGUUUCUUAUAGUCAACCAUGUGGGAUGUUGCAAUAACAUUUGUUGUAUUACAGUACAAACUCUGAUUCAUACAUGCAUUUGUGUGUUUUUCUAUAACUUUUGUAAAAUGUACAUUUCUUUGAGUGCCAUUCUGGUAACCCGUGGGAAAGAUGUGUUUUUCAUAUUCUUUAAUGAACACAUUUGCAUGUGAAAAGACCUAUUUUCAUACAACAAUAAAUCAGAAAUGCAUAUUGAAUAAAGUCUCAGCAUCUUUUGUUUGAGCUCCGCA